GCUUCUUGCUGGUUCGCGGGGACUAGGUCAACGUGACCAGUUCACGCCAGAUUCGUUAUGGUGCAGGACAAAGGUGGUGGCGCCCCCCAUCGACAUCAAUCAGGGCCAAAAACCCCAAGUCAGUUAGUGUUCCCCGCGUUCUCGGCCGAACUUUGAGCGAAGUCAUGAGCGGGCGAAAGGAUACGGACCAUGGUGCGCCGAGUGCUACUCCUUGCUCCUGUGACGGCUGAUGAUGGGCUCUAUCGGAGAGUCAGUUGACGACGGCGUUGCCACGCACUAUGGAGCCGGGCCCGAUAUAUUAAGACAGCGGAUCACCUCAUCUCUCAAGGCUUUUGAGUCCACUUGUUUGCCAGUCGGUCUUCAUCGUUGCUCUUCUGUUCAUCAUCAAACCGCCCAACAUGCGGACCAAUUUUCUCCUCGCCGCCGCGGCCUGCCUCGGCCUGACCUCUGCGCUGCCCACUGAAGACGUUGCUGCCCUCGAGGAGCGUCAGACGCGUGUGCCCACCAUCUUCCUCUGUGGUGACAGCACCGUGGCCACCGUCGGCGCCAGCAGCCAGACUCAGGGCUGGGGCGCGUUCCUCCAGUACUCGUUCCAGACGUCCAAGGCCGUUGUCGACAACCGAGCCAUUGGCGGGCGUAGCGCUCGUUCGUACACGCGCGAGGGCCGCUUCGACACUGUCGCCAACCUUGCGCAGUCUGGUGACUGGGUCGUCAUCGAGCUCGGCCACAACGAUGGUGGCUCCCUGUCCACUGACAACGGCCGCUCCGCCUGCUUCGGAGACGGAGAACAGACGUGCAGCACCGUGUACAAGCUCGCCGCCCAGCAGCUCGGCGGCCCCGCCAAGGGCGUCUACUUCCUGCCCCACGGCGAGUACGGCGCGCAGGCGCAGAGGAACCUCGGCGCCUCCACCGUCAACGGCGGCUACCCCGUUGACCACCUCCACCCCGGACCUUUCAUCGCCGACGCCAUGGCCAAGUCUUUCGUGCUGGCGCUGCGCUGCGGCAGCACCGCGCUCGGCGGCCUCGUCCGCAACUCGACCUCGUCGCUGACCUCGACCUACCUUGGUCCUUGCAUUGGCGCCGCCAACUCGACCAUCUCUGCUCUCCUGCGCUAA